GUUAAAUUCGGGUUUUGACGGGUUAAAACGGGUUUGGGUCAAUUUCGGUUCAGGUCGGGUUCGGUUCAAGUCAAUAUUUUACGGGUUAUAUUCGGGUCAGGUCAUCUCCAGAUCGGUUUAUGUUCGGGUUCGGAUCUCAAAUCUCGGGUAACUCGGGUCUUGGGUUGGUUUUAGGUCGGGUCAUAUCGGGUUCAGGUCAUUAUUUUUCCGGGUUUAAACGGGUCGGUUAAUAAUCGGAUUCAAGUCAGUAUUUCGAGUUGGGUCAACUUUUGACAGCUCUAGACACAACGAAGUAACAACGAUCAACAAGAGAAAUUUCAAAGUCUUUCGAGUCAAUGCAUGAUUGCUAUGACUUGUAAGAGGAGGAUGAAGCUGUAUCUUGAGUAAUUAAUUUCAAAUUGCUUGUACCCGGCUUGUAAUUAAAAAAAAAAAAAAGUCAGAUUGCUUUGGUAGUUUUGCAAGCAAGCAGAAAGACAAAUAUUAAAUUUAAAUUUGAUGAAAUUUCAGGAUAUGGUGAUGAAAGAUGUGGGAUUUAAGUGGGUAUUAGGUACAUUAUUUAAGUUGCUCUUAUGUACUUGUUUAUGCUUAGUUUCUAACAGCAAUAACAUCGUUGCUGAGGACCCAUACUUCUAUGGCCCACCACCAUCAUAUGUAAAUGUUUCUCAUCAAUCAUGGAAGGUCGGUGACAUCACAUCUCUCUUGAACUCUGAGGGCACUUAUCCUUCCUUUGCGUUGGGUUUUGUCUCCUACGGUUCUUCAAACGUACUUGCUAUACUCAUGGAGCCCAAGGAUGAGGUUGUGUGGUGUGCCAAUGGAGGUCAUCCCGUUGGAGACGAUGCAACACUUGAUCUUACAUCAGAACAAGGUUUGGUGUUGAGGGAUGAAGAUGGAAAUAUGUUGUGGUCAACCAAAACCUCGAACCUUUCAGCUAGGUCCAUCCAUUUGCAAGACGAUGGGAAUUUGGUGCUUUUGGACGCAAAAGGUAAUACCAUCUGGGAGUCAUUUGAUUACCCAACCGACACUUUACUGGAUGUUAAGCAGGGUCUUCACGUAGGACAAAGAUUAACAUCCAGCAAUUCAACUUCAAAUUUUUCCGCAGGGAUGUAUUAUGUUAAACGGGAAUAUGAUGGUCUUCAUGCUUAUGUUGAUUUGAAUCCUCCACAAGAAUAUAGAUUCUUGGACUAUAAUACCUACGACGACAUAGUUUCCCAACGUUUAUACUAUGCUAGUAAUUAUAGUUUUGAUCUAAGUUAUAUGCAUCUUACUGAAACUGGACGCCUAAAAUGGAUCAAUAUGAUUCAAAGUUAUCCCGAUGGAAACUAUUCUAUUGAUUUAUUUGAAGAUUAUGAGUUUGGUGUUUGUGCCUACCCAACAACUUGCGGAAACUAUGGGAUUUGCGUAAAUAAUGAAACUAUGUGCGUUUGCCCAAUGGAGACCGAUGAAGGUGGCAUCAAUUAUUUCCAGCCAAGUAACGCGUAUAAUCUCUCUUUAGGAUGUAGUCUUGUUAAUCCUAUAGCUUGUCCCGACACCCACAACCUCCAUCAUUUCUUAGAGCUUCAAGAUGUUGGCUACUUCGAUUCUACUCCAUCGCUCACAGGAACAGAUGUUGAGAGUUGCAAAAGUGCAUGUUUACAUCAGUGUUCAUGCAAAGCUGUCAUCUUUCAUUACCAUAAUGAUACUUCAUUUGGUAAUUGUACACUACCUUCAGUGAUUCUCACUUUGAAGUAUUCUGGAGGAAGAUAUAAUGUCAUUACAUUCAUCAAAGUGCAAAAGCAAAAGAAAACUUCAUCACACAGAAAUUUAGUACUUUCUGUUUCUGCUAGCUUGAUUGUCUUGGUGUUGGUUACUGGAGUAUUCGCUUAUGUCUUUAUGAAAAAGGGAAACAGAGCGAAAGACUUUGAUAGUUCCUAUGACGUUUUUGUUGAUACAGUAACGCGGUUUUCUUUUGAAGCACUAAAAUUGGCAACCCAAGACUUCCAAACAAAGCUUGGUCGAGGAGGAUUUGGAUCUGUUUUUGAAGGUACAUUAGAUGAUGGAACAAAAGUUGCCGUGAAACGCCUGGAUUCAUUAGGCCAAGGGAGGAAGGAAUUUCUGGCAGAGGUCAAUACAAUUGGCAGCGUGCACCACUUCAACUUAGUGAGGUUGCUCGGAUUUUGUGAUGAUGGAUUGAAUAGACUUCUUGUCUAUGAAUACAUGUGUAAUGGGUCACUUGAAAAGUGGAUCUUCAACCAAGACAUAUCACUAGCACUUACCUGGAGUGUUCGCCAAAAGAUUAUCCAUGGUGUGGCCGCGGGACUUGAAUAUCUACAUACACACUGCAAACAAAACGUGAUCCACUUUGAUAUCAAACCUCAGAACAUACUCCUAGACAAAGACUUCAACAUCAAGAUUUCUGAUUUCGGCUUAGCAAAAAUGGUUGACCGAGAUCAAAGCCAAGUUAUGACCAUGGUAAGGGGGACACCAGGAUAUAUGGCUCCAGAGUUGGUUACUGGUCGUGCCAUCUCUGUUAAGGUCGACGUCUACAGCUUUGGAGUUCUUGUCCUAGAAAUUGUGUGUGGCCGUAAGAAUUUUGGUUCAUCGGAAGGUGAUUGUCUCACUAACUUGGUGAAGGUGAAAGCUGAUGCGGAUCAACUCUCUGAUCUAAUUGACGAGCAGGGUGAAGGUAUGCAACAGCACAAGGAAGAAGCUGUGAAGAUAAUGAAGAUUGCAAUAUGGUGCUUGCAGCGUCACUUCAUCAGGCCAACUAUGUCAAUGGUGGUGAAAGUUUUACAGGAUCUUCCGAACAUGGAAGCCUUGAGUGAUCUCAGUUACUUGACCAUGGUCCAAGAAGCUGCUCCAGCGGAGACAAAUUAUGACUUUUCAGUCCGCCCGACAGAGUCACUUUUGUCUGGACCACGUUAAUCUACAUCUAGUCCUAUCUCGAGUUUCUUAGCUGCACUUGUGGCAGCAUUAGAACUCUACACUAUCUUCUAUGGAUGUCAUCAGCUGACUACUUAUGUUUUUUCAGGUAAAUCCAAUAGCCAUAGCUCUUGCUUGUACCAGUUCGUCUUCCUGUUUAUGUAUUCUCAAUGCAAUAAAUUAAUGUACUGCCGAAAACUAGCAUCUGUUUAAUCUGUAUUCUAUGCUUCUAUCUGUUUAAUCUGCA